GAAAUCAAAAGGUGACACUGAGUUCUGAGGUACCUCGCUUUCAAGAAAAAAAUAAAAAAUAUUUUUACGUUUGACUUCUAACAAAAAAUUCAGAAAAUGAGUACUACAGCAGGAAAAUCAAAGGCAGAAAUGACCGAGGAAGAGCUCCGUCAACUUGAGGAGCACGAAUUCAAUACUGGUCCUUUAUCGGUUUUACAACAAUCAGUCAAGAAUAAUACUCAAAUCUUGAUAAACUGUAGGAAUAAUCGAAAGUUACUCGCUCGUGUUAAAGCAUUUGACCGACAUUGUAAUAUGGUGUUGGAAAAUGUUAAAGAAAUGUGGACGGAAACGCCAAAGGCCGGUAAAGGUAAGAAGGCCAAGCCGGUUAACAAGGAUAGAUUCAUUAGCAAGAUGUUUUUACGUGGAGAUUCUGUCAUACUUGUGCUGAGAAAUACGGUAUAAUAAAAUAUGUGUUCUUUGAGGAAACCAAUUCCUUUCCGAUAACAAACUGAGAAAGAAUAAAAUGGUCAAGUAUCGGGUUUGUAAUGUAAUAAUCUCCUUUCCCACCUCAUUUGAAAAUAAUAAACGUUAUCUUAAAAGUUUUGA